AAAGCUGCUGUCCUGACGUGAGUUUAGAAAUGAAGUUGUUGCACAUGCCCAUCUAGUGUGCAGUCUAUUUCCUUUGCUGAGCUACACUGCAGAUACAUGACUCAACUCAGCAGCACAGCAUCUACAUGUGCAGCUCGAUGGAAGAUGUGGCUUGUCAAGGUCUUCAGUGUCACAUAUUUUACUGCUGUUUGUGCAGCUCAGGUUCCUCAAAAUGUCCCACCUACACCGACUCUGAAGCUGCUGAGUCCCUGGCUGGAUGUGUUCGAAAAUGAGAGUGUGAUGUUAAGCUGUGAAUUGGACAGCGAUGAUUGGAAGUUCACCUGGUACAAAAAUCAAAAUAAGGUUCAGUACGAUGAUGAACAGAACCUGGAAGAAGAUCAAUCGUCUCUCAACAUUACCUCGGUCACUCGAUCCCAUCAAGGAGGCUAUGCCUGCAAAGCCCUUCCCGAGGAAAAUAGUGGAAAUAGCACGGAAUUCAGCAACAUAGUUAACGUCACAGUUUAUGAAAAAACACCAAAACCAAGAGUGAGCAAGGUUCCAGAUUUUAACCCAAUGUAUGUUGGAGAAACAGUGAACUUCACUUGCAAAGUUCAUGUGUCCUCUGGCUGGGAGUAUCAGUGGUACAAAGAUGGAAAUAAACUCAGAGACACCAGCGAAACCAUCAGCAUCCAUCUUGGUCUUGCUCACAAGGGGGAAUACUGGUGCAAGGCCACCAGAGGUGAAACAACAUCCACAGACAUCAGUGCGAAAAUACAACUAAAUAUUCUUGAAAUUCCCGUUCCAUCUUUGAAGCUGGCAACACCGUGGUUGGAUGUGUUCCCCACUGAGAGUGUGAAGUUGAGCUGUGGGAUGGACGGCACCUCUGACUGGACUUACACGUGGGACAAAGACGGACAGCAGGUCCGAGCUGAUAUUGUUGCGUCUUUUGACUCGAAUGGAGCUACUCUUUCCAUCAGCUCUGCUUCAGCUGCACAUGCAGGACAAUAUAACUGCAAGGGACACCUGAAAGACAGGUCUCUCAGCAGCAGCUCUAGUUCUGGACUUACUCUCAAAGUAUAUGAUAAGAAACCCACUGUCAUACUAACGCAGUAUCCAGAGUACAAGGUGAUGUUCCCUGGAGAGCCAGUCUCCUUUAGCUGUCACAUUAAUGUCUCUACUGGAUGGGAGUACCUGUGGUAUAAAGAUAGCACUACACUUACCGGAUCUGCAAACAAGUAUCCAAUCAGCUCAGUUGGAAUAACAGAUGGGGGGUCAUAUACAUGCACAGCAAAAAGAGGCAGUGGUAAAGAGUUCCUCAGCGUCUCCAGUCAGCCUGUACACCUUGAAGUUGAAGAUACAAAGCCCAGAGUCACACUGAUGCAGAAUCCCCUACACAAUGUGAUGCAUACUGGAGAUUCAGUUUCCUUUAGCUGUCACAUUAAUGUCUCUUCUGGAUGGGAGUACCUGUGGUACAAAGAUAGCAAUCCACUUGCCGUAUCUGGAAACAAUCACACCAUCAGUUCUGUUGUGAGAACAAACACUGGAUCAUAUCAAUGCAAAGUUAAAAGAGGAAGAGAUACAGUCUUCUUCUCAGACCAGAGUCAGGCUGUGAGACUUGACAUUGAGGAACGCCCAUUAGCAGAGAUAAUUCUUGUAACUGGGUGGUCUGAGGUCUUCUCUACUGACAGCUUGGUACUCAAAUGUAGGGUGCAAGAAAGCCAAGACACAUGGAACUACACAUGGUUCAAAGAGGAGCAACCAAUCAAUCUGCUCUCUGAGAAACAUACAGUCACACCGGAGAAUAACCCUGAGCAGAGCGAGUACUCCUGCCGGGGCAUUCGCACAGGUAGACCAUCUUAUUCAAAACCCAGUGAUUCGUUCAAGACCAAGAACCUUCUUUUGAAGAGGAGGGUGCUUCUUUCCAUCUCUGGCUGUAUCUUCUUUGGCAUCAUUGCCAUUUUCAUUGGAUGCAUUGUCCUCAGAGUCAUCCGCAAACCAGGUAAUGGUGAAGACAGGCCAGAGGAGACAGAGCUGUUUCUCACCAUGGCUCAGCUAAAGGACCAUGAAAAUACACCCUGUCCACUGGUUCAGUACAUCACAGAUGCAGAACUGAAUGCUUCAUCUAAAAAAGAAGCGGGUGAGAAUGGCACGAUUUCCGGCGACACAACCCCGUUACCAAUAUCCUCGCAGGAGGACCAAGCCAUGACGAGUGAGAGCCAUGAUACAACAGAAAACAAUGGUGGACUGGUUUCCUUUAAACAAUGAGUCACUGAAGCUCUAUUCGCAUCAGUUUAGCAAAAAAUAAUAAGUCUAUAGACUUACUACAGCAUGGUGAGGCAUUAAUGGGCAUUACAAACAACAUUUUUGAUGUAUUAAGACUGGAGAGAGUCGCGCUACUGUGCGAACCUUACCACCAGCGGGGCAUCAAAUUAAAAGUUUUGCCUUGUCUGCAGUGCUAAAUAAAGGUUGAGUAAAUUCUUUAAGAUUCUUCCUCUGGGGACUGUAAAUGUUUGUUCCAAAUUUAAUGGGAAUUAGGAUAUUGCACCCUGAACCAACAGACUGGCUGACGUUGCCAUAUAAAUGUGUACAUAUUUGCUCUGCACUGAACAUUACUUGGUAGCACAAUACUGUUAGAAAUGUAUAUAUUUAAUUCAAAUCCUUGUAUUGAUGAACCGUUAAAAGAACUGUUAAACUAUAAAACAUUAUUUAUGUGAGCAGCAUCAAUCAUCUAUAUGGUUAGUUUUUAUUGUUAGCAAUUAUUAUAUGCACUGUACAUAAGUAUUGAUCUGCAGGAGAUGUUAAUAAUCCUCAAGCAAAUACCUGGGGCCAGAUGUUAAAAUGAUGUGUACACAACAAAAACAUGCGUAUGCCUUUUUCCACACAUCAUUUAAAUGAUUGUUUUAUUAUAUUGUGGUCUAUACAGCAAUCUGUAAAAUUUCAAUCAAAAGUGCAUUCAUAAACUUAAUUUUAAACUAUUUAUUAGUAAUGAAUUGUUAUUCUUUUUUUUCUUUUUCGUUUUACAUUUGAGACAUUGAUGAUCUUUUGAUUUUAUUGUAAUUUGAGAAGCUCUUUGUAAAGUCUGUUUUAGAGGUGCAUAUACAUUCUUAUGCAUAUUUCUGUCUUUGUGUGUACUGUGCACACUGUUUUAGUCGGGGGAUUGAUGCAUUUGGCCCCAGAUGUAAUUAAAUGUAAGUUAGUCUGCUGUUAUUGCUUUCUUCUUUAAAAAUAAUUAUAUUUUUAACAGUAGGUGAUGCUUCAUUAAUGCCAAUCAAGCAUUUUGUGUCUCCCUAUGAAAUUAUCAAAAUAUAAAUUACAAAAUGUUGCCAUGAGUGUUCAUUUAAACUUAUACUGAUCUACACCGUCAGAUGAGACUGCAAG